AGCUCUAUUGUUUAGUGCUUAUUGAUGGUUGCGUUCCAUCCUUAGUUAUAAACAACUUUGCAAAUCUGCAGACAAUACAAUACGAAAACAUUAAUCACAUAAAUAACACAAGUAUUUUUAUGGCAACUAUUAGUCGGAAGCAAGCUCAAGCCAAGCUUAAAAUUUUGUAUGCGAUUAUUACGCAUAUCUUUUAAAUUGGGGGUUAAAGAUGUCAGCCCAUGAAAGAUUCCAGACUUACUUCUCACAGCUGAAUUCCAUUUCUGUAAAAAUAACGCAGGAUGUAAAUCGAGUUAAAUCUGCAUUCAGUCGAGAUGCAUGGCUUACACUUACUCUUAAUGAACAAGAACAAAUACUAAACAGCCAAUUAAUACAUCCUGAUAUAUCUACUAAGUACUACAAUAUAUAUAAAAGAGACGGUAUAUCAGGAAAACCACAAUUAGGAAAAGAAACUUCAAAAAACGGAGAACAGAGAUCUUUUUAUAGUGACUUUAUAUAUUCAUUUAAUGGUCAGGAUUUGCACACAUAUAUUUACCAAAAUGUUGGAUUAAAAAUAUUGCAUGACGAAAAUAUCAGAGAUUGUCGUGAUGAACAUUCAUUUCCCUUCAGUUUCCGAUCAAAAUCGCAAAUAAACUUACCAUCAAAAGAAGUAGCUAAUAUUUCUCUUUUCAAAGUUCCUAUUGAUGUAACAAAAUCCGCUCAUUUAAAAUUAACGACGAAUAGUCCGAAAAAACAACAAAUUGGCUGCCUCCAAAGCCAAGUUAAUGACGACGUGAACCAAAGUGGAAAUAAAUGUAACAUAAGUGAUAAAGGCAAAAAAAAGUAUAUCAAUUUAUAAUAAUGAUGACUAUUUUAAUUCAACUGAACAGUUGCAAUUACUUUUAACAUUUGGAUCAAAAAGCAGUAUUUCAACCGAUUUGUCUGAUAAUGAAAUAGAAUAUAAAGACGUAUGUCAAGAAGAGAAUGCUAAACUUUUAACGCCCGAUUUGCAAGUCCCUAAGGGAUUUGACUUUCUUAGUAAUUGGUAAAAUUUGCUUAAUGAAUAUACAAUAUAAUAUACAAAAAAUAGCAAAUAGGGAGCGAAUAUAUUUUAAGCAAAAUCGUUUAAUCCUACUUUUUUUAACAUUCUAGUUCAGUCUUAAUUCUUUUCAUUUCACCGUAGUCUGUAAACAAAUCUAUUAAAAAAAACACAAAGAUUCAAUAUAGUUUCUGAAAUCGUUUUAUCAAAAUACCCUAAUGGUAGUCUGUCAAAAUAAAUAGAACAUAGGUUAAAGAUUACUUUACCAUAUAGCUGCCCUAAUAAACUGCGAAAAAUCUA